AUGCAGCCUCUUGAACUAGUUAUUACAUAUGAUGAUGAAAAGCCUUCAUCAGGCUCAAUGCUUUUCACAGGUGAAACAUACACAAUGGGUAAUGCUCUUAGACAGACAAUUCUUCAGAAUCCAAAGGUAAACUUUUGCGGUUACACAGUUCCUCACCCAGCUGAGACAAAAGUAGCACUUAGAGUACAGGCAGAUGAUGAUGAAAAAAUUACUGACAUAGUUCUUAGUGGUAUCAGCGAUUUUAAACAAUGGUGCAACAACACAGAAACAGAAUUCGAUAAUGCUUGGAGUGCUUUCCAAAAAUAA